UCCAUCUCAUUUCCGCAAUCUCAUUUCCUCUACCCCACAGGCGAGCCAGCCGAUCGCGAUGAGUGAGGGACUGAUCACAACCGACUUUAUGAUAUCGUAUGUCUUGGUGCAGUACUGUACUGUACUCGUACAUGCCCCCCCUUAUAGCUAACAAUAUCCGGCCCGUGUCUACUCAAUUACUCGAGUAGACUACCUCGUCCUUUCUCUCCUCCAUCCUCCCACCUGCUAUCGCUCGUUUGCUUCUUCUGCCGUCUGUCGCUCCCCUGGACACAAUCUCUCGCUCCUGGUCCCUCGUUGUUCUCUCUCCCCUUUUCGUCCGCUAUAGCUGUCUUUGCCCGGUAUUCCAUUCGCUUGGAAAUAUACAAACAGACAUAUAUCAAGCAUUUCGGAAUUUUUGGGUAAUACUGUAUCGCAAUGCGUUUCUUCACUGUUGCUCUCGGCACCGUUGUCGCUUUCGCCGCUCUCAUUUCUGCCCAGACUACCACAGGAACCGGUCCUCCCCCGCCUGCUGUCACGGAUAGCACGGAGAACCAGAUAAACGUUCCCCCCGGUGGCACUAUUGCUUCUGGGUCUGGCAUUACCAUCAGAUGGACUCCAUCUACUCCAGGCCCGGUCACCCUUAUUCUAAGGAGGGGUGACGGGAACAACCUCGCCACGGUCACCAAUAUUGCAAGUGAAAUUCCUAACUCGGGUUCAUAUGACUGGACACCAUCAGAAUCUCUGCCUGUUGGCGAUGACUACUCCAUCCAAAUCAUCUCUGGAAGUGCUUCCAACUACUCCCCCAAGUUUGGAAUUGGCCCGCCAGUUUCAACUUCGUCAUCUUCGACAUCCACUACUACCAGCACCGGGAGUUCUUCAACCUCUUCGUCAAGCUCCAGCAGCUCUUCGACCAUCACGUCGAGCUCCUCUUCCAGCAGCGCCACUACAAGCGCUACCUCAAGCGGAGCUAACACAACCAUCUCCUCGACCUCGCGCACUUCAUCUCGUAGCAUCCCAACCUCCACCAGUUCUGGCGCCACCGGGGGUGCAACUAGCACCAACGGUGCCGCACAGGUUGUGUCUCCUCUCGCCUUGGUCUUUUUCAUUGCCGCCGGAAUCGCUUAUCUCAACUGAGAGAGUUGCGCACUUGAAGUUGUUAAAACAUUUCUAAACGCGGAAGGGUUGCUUGGUGCUGUAAUUCUUAGGCUGGGUUUAAUGGGUUGUAUGAUGGUAUUAGAAUAGUACGUUUGUUGGAGUAGUGGAAAGGAGAUGUGGGGUUUCAUAAGGUUCGCACAAGCACAUGGUGAUUAUGUCUGGCUGGAAAUAUUAUGGUAUGAUGUAUAAGGAAGUA